AUGGUGCGCCCGAGGCGCUGGUGGCGUCUCCCUGAGUUCAAAGGCACGACGCAUUCAACUCCCUCAACCACCGAGGUCAAAUCGGUGCAAUUCCACCACAGCGAUGAACUGUUGAGGCGCAUGAGAGGUAAAUGCUUCAGAUGUCUAUCCCCUGGCCACGCUGCGGCGGACUGCAGGGACCCCGUGCGGUGCUUCUCUUGUGGCCGCUGGGGGCAUAAAAGCAGAGUGUGCAAAGGCAGACCUUCAUCCUCCCGGCAACAAGCUCCCCUGCCCAACGCUGCUCCUCCACCAUUCGACGACAGCAACUUACCCCCUCUGGGAAGGUCCGCGAUGGCCAGGCCCGGGGACCCCUCUGUCCACCCUAUGGACACCUGUGCUGUGGCCUUCUCCGUUGAUGACAUGGACCACGAGCUCGACCGCCUUUCCAUGCAUGGCAUGGUGGCCUGGCUGGGGGGUAACCAUCCGGUGGUGGAGCCAGAGGUCAUCAAGAGGGCCAUUUGCCACCAAUUUCCGGUUCGCCCGGAGGAUGUCACCGUCGUCAAGCACUUCCCCAAGGACUUCUUCAUCGACUUCAAGCACCGGCACCACCAUGACGAGGUUGUGGCCCAGGGGACCUUCCCCUAUCGCAAUCUCGACAUCCACACAAGGCCGUGGCAGCUGGUCACGCACGGCGACAUCUGCGACCUCAAGUACCGCGUUCAUCUGUGCCUAGAGGGCAUCCACCUUCACGCCUGGAACGAGAGCAUCGCCAAGAGGGCAGUCGCCAGAGCUUGCGACCUUGACUACGUCGAGAAGUCUUCGCUGGACCGAGAAGACACCAGGGCACUCUGUGUCUGGGCAUGGAUGCAUAACCCGUCCGACAUUCCAAAGGUAACCUGGCUAACCUUGUCAUGCAGGAAAGCAGAGUUUCACAGUUCACAAGCUGCUCGCGGCCGUCGGGGACUCACCUUCAGGGUGCUGGUGCACCUUGACCUAGUGGAGGACCCACCAGGAAGAGAUGGACGUGCUGCUGCUCCCCGUGAAUACACGUGGCACUACGGUGUCGUUGAUGGGGAGAGGACGCCACGUGACCGCCACGAACCUCCGCCUGCUGACGUCCGUGGCAGCCGUCGCGGCGAUGACGACGACAGUCGUGGGCGCCGUGAACGUCAGGGCGACAACUGGUACUCGCGCCUCACCCGCAGCCUUUCGCGUGCGCCCAAGGAUCGGGAGCGGGAGCGUUCGGAGUCGAGGCACGGUGGCCAUCGACACCGGAGCCCCAAGAAUAUCAGGAUUGAACUGUGUAACGACGCACGUACCAGGGGAUUCUUGCUUCUUCUCCCUGCCGGCGGUGAGGAUUGA